GUGCAAACGCUAUUGAACUCUAUGGGAUAGAUGCGCCAUAGACCUGAAUGGGAUCUACACCUAAUUUUUCAGUAUACGGUUAAAUUUAAUUGGAUAUUGAAAUUCGAGAAUUGAGAGGCGAGCCGAGUUGUAUGUAUUGUUUGUUUGCAUUGCAUCCACCUUCUUUACUGCCCAAUCCAUCCACCCUAAAAUUGAAUUGACAUAGAACCCAUCACAAAUAUUUGGCCAAUUCUACCAUUAUGUUUAUUUAAUCGUAUGCUUCACCAGUUGUUCUUAAUUACCCAGAAAUUUUUGUUGGGCAAUGGCGUUGCGCGCAAAAGUUCUGCAGAAGAAGGCAGAAAAGUUUGAACUGAAGAAAUUGCAGGUUAUUAAAGUAACUAAGGAAGGAGUAUCUUCCCUUGACACCCUGCUUCAAGAUGUUUACGCCAAUCGACGACCAAAACAAACUGAUUAUGAAGCUCGAAGAGAUCUAAUUCGUGUCUUCAAUGAGAUUGCAAAGGAACUUUACGGUACCUCAAAGGAUAUUCCCAUCGUGGUUGAAUUUGGUUCUUUUGUAAUGGAUCUCUUCAGCACUACGAGUGAUCUGGACCUUUCAGUAAAUUUUAGCACAGGGGGAGUUGAUUUUCCACGUGAAAAGAAGAUCCAGACUUUGAGAAAGUUUGCAAGAAAGCUGUAUGCUAUACAGAGUAUGGGGCAUGUUUCCGGUGUCCUUCCUAUUACCACCGCAAAGGUACCCAUUUUGAAAUGUGUUGACCGUGGAACUGGAGUUGAGUGUGAUAUAUCAGUCGAAAAUAGAGAUGGGAUUUCAAAAUCCCAGAUUAUUUGGAUAAUCUCAUCCAUUGAUGAAAGGUUUAAAAAGCUAAGCUUUUUGAUGAAGACUUGGGCUAAAGCACACAACAUCAACAGUUCAAAAGAUAAAACCCUUAAUUCUCUCUCCAUAAUACUCUUGGUCGCAUUUCAUUUGCAGACUCGGACUCCUCCUAUUCUUCCUCCAUUUUCUGCUAUCUUCAAAGAUGGUACUGAUCCUGCGACGGUAGAGAAAUCAAUGCCUAAUUUUUUGAGUUAUGGGAAAAGAAAUAAGGAAUCAUUGGCUGAACUCUUCAUCACUCUACUCCUCAAGUUAUCUUCUGUUGAAAUACUUUGGUCGAAAGGUCUCUGUGCGAGCACAUGCACUGCUUCGUGGACAUCCAAAACUUGGAAUUCUAAAGUUGCCUGUAUCAGUGUAGAGGAUUUUACUGAUACAUCCCAGAAUGUUGCGAGGGCCGUGGGACCAGCAGAGGUGAAACGGAUCUACAAAUGUAUAGAGACAUCUAUUUGGCAUCUCACCUCCUUCAUGGGGGGGCAGAUUGGACUUCAACUGAAGGAUCUUUUGUUUGGGGUUGAGGGCACCCCUACCUCGAUUCCUAGAGGUAUUACAAAUUUCAAUGUGACUGCACAGUUCCCCGCUGUUCAGUCUCAAGGAAACCAGAACAGAAGAAUAGUAACUGGGAAAAGAAAGAAAAAAUCUAUGCACCAUACAAUCUACAUGAAAAGUCGUCCAGGAACACAGCCAGGGAAAGGGAAGCAAAAGCAAAUGCAGAAAGGCGUGCUGGUCGGGACUUCGUUGGCUAAGAGGGCACGGACAGAUGAAGUCUGGAGAGGGAUGCCUGAUGGAAGGGGCACGACAAACAGUCAGCAGUGGGAGGUGACGCGAGCAGGAGGAGGUUGGGAAGAAACAUGUCAAGCUAGAGGCGGCAGUUGGGGAGUAUCUGAGCCAAACAGAUGGGGAGCAAUGCUGCAGGGUGGUGGUGGUGGUUGGGGAGGAGGAAAUCAGCAACAGCAACAGCAAAGCAAUCAGGGUUGGGGAGCAAUGCUGCAGGGUGGUGGUGGUUGGCGAGAAGGAAACCAGCAACAGCAAAGCAGCCUGGGUUGGGGUGAAGGAAAUCAGCAACAGCAACAGCACAGCAGCCGUGGUUGGGGCCACGGAAAUCAGCAACAGCUACAGCAAAGCAGCCGGGGUUGGGGCGAAGGAAAUCAGCAACAGCAACAGCAAAGCAGCCGGGGUUGGGGAGAUGGAGGUUCGGGAGCAGUGAAGCAGGGCGGUGGUUGGGGAGAAGGAAACUACCAGCAGCCCGUCGGUCGGGGUUGGGGUGGUGGAGGUUGGGGUUUUGGAGGAAUUCAGCAAGGCUCAAACCUAUGAUCCUUUUGAGCAAACAAUUAUGGUGGUGACUAUGUUGAUAGGCUGCUGCUGCAGCCAUGUUCACAGUAAACUAUGUAGCUAGUAAUAGUAAUUCCAACUCUUUUAAGUAAAAGAAAAGAAAUGAUUGUUCCAAAUGUUGCUGUGCACAUAUGUUAAUUACAUUCGGAAUAUUUUCACGCA